AUGAGACUUUUUGAUAUCUUGUUCUUCUCCAGCUUUGCUGUCGCAGCUCCCGGUGCUGGCCUCCAAGCCAGAGCUGCGGCCAAUGACCCGUGCAACAUCGGUUACUGCACUCAGAAUGGCGGUACAACUGGAGGCGGAAGCGCUGCACAGGUCACAGUGAAGACCCUCGCUGAGCUCACCGCCGCAGCCGCAGCAGAUGGACCUUCUGUCAUCUUCGUGCAAGGCAGUAUCUCUGGUGCAGCCAAGGUUCAAGUUACCUCAAACAAGUCCAUUAUCGGAAAGACUGGCAGCUCCCUUACUGGCAUUGGUUUGACCAUCAACGGACAGAAGAACGUCAUUGUCCGUAACAUGAAGAUCUCCAAGGUUGAAGCUGACUACGGUGAUGCGAUUACCAUUCAGAAAUCUACCAAUGUCUGGGUUGACCAUUGUGAUCUCUCUGCUGUUAGAGGUGAUGACAAGGACUUCUACGAUGGCUUGGUCGAUCUGUCGCACGCCGCUGACUGGGUUACCAUCUCUUAUACCUACUUCCAUGACCACUCCAAGGGCUCACUCGUAGGACACUCAGAUAAGAACGCAGCCGAGGACGUUGGUACGCUGCGUGUUACAUACGCUAACAACCACUUCAACAACGUCAGAAGCCGAGGCCCUCUCCUUCGCUUUGGCACUGCCCAUAUCUUCAAUCAGUACUAUGAUACCAUGGACACUGGACUCAACAGCCGCAUGGGUGCCCAGGCUCUUAUCCAAUCAUCUGUGUUCACCAACGUCGGAAAGAAGGCUAUCUUCAGCGAGUCAAGCUCCGAGGUCGGAUAUGUUGUUGCAGAAGACGUCGUUCUAGGCGGCGAGAGUCAAAACACUGCUCCAAAGGGGACACUCAGCUCAAGCAAGAUUCCGUAUCAGUUUACACUUCUGGGAUCUGGAAAGGUUGCUUCAACCGUUCCGGGACAGGCAGGCCAGAAGCUCAGCUUCUAA